AUGAGGAUUCUAACGGAAGAGCAGAAAGAAGUGGCUGCGGCAAGCAUAUGGAGAACUAUCACUAAGAUAGUCGAGGAACAGACACAGAAACUUUCUCAAGGGUCGGACAGUCCAAUUACGGCUACUCCACAACUAGUAGCGGCAUUAGUUGAAUUAGUUUAUAGACAGUUAACAAGUGUCGGUGAGGAUUUAGCAUUAUUCGCAAAUCAUGCCGGACGAAAGACAAUAACACCAAAUGAUAUGAUGAUGAUAGUACGCAAGAAUCCUGGUCUUAAGGCGAUGUUGAGCCGGCAAUUGGAGGGGGCAAAAACGAGAGAUGGGAAUGGACAAGGUGGAAAAAGUACAGAAAGAGAAGAUAAGGAAGAGAUGAACCAAUUGAAUAGUGCAAGGGUGAAGCAGGAACUAAUUAGUCAGUCUACAACACAGCAAGAAGACAAAGGAGAAGAAGAAGAAGAAAAUGAGGAGGAUGAGGAGGAUACAUUUAGUGAUAUGGGUGAUUACAUCUGA